CUGGGUGGCGGGCAGAAGCCAAAGAGCUGGUGGAUGAUGACUGAGGAGUGCUAGUGGGUCUGCGAGCCACAGGGAAGCUGUAAAGGCUAGCCCCACGGCUCACAACUCGCGUCCCCAGGGGCUGGCCUGGAGGUCACCCUGGUUAGAGAAAGGGGAGAAGAACGGGUCCCCGUAAACUGCAGAGGAGUCCCCGAGCCAAAGAACUUGUCCUCCGCCAAGGGCCGGGCCUUGCUUGCCCCCAUCUUCGGGCAGCCGGAAUCUUGGACGGGAGAUCAGUUCUGCCACACCUCCUCUGACCCGAGGAACUGCGAUGGACCCGGAAGUCCAGACUUCUCUUCAGGCCAUUCGCGAUCAAGAUCAGUGGAAUUCGCCGUCCUCCCUUACACCUUUGGAAGACCCUUACCCCUAAAUCCUCCACACCCCUAGAAAACCUCCUCUCUUUUCUCCCCUUCAGGACCCCUCCGGGAACCGGGUACUGGGUGGGAUUGGCCCAGGGAAGCUAACCUUUCUCUUUCCAGAUCCUCCCCGGCUUCGACUUGGUAUACGCCCCCUGCCUCUGCAGCUUACAAGUGGUAGAUCCCAUCACCCCCGGAAGCCUCGCGUUACUCAAACACAUCGCGCGGUUUUGCGAGCAACUCAGGAAAGGGGCGGGGAGAACGGAUGCCGGGAAGGCGAUUCGCGGAUCGCCCGGGCCUGGCCACGGGGUAUGGUUGCGCCUGCGCACUCGGGGGCCUUUUCAGGAGCCUGGUACUAAGGGCGCCCGUGUUCCGGCGUUCUUGCGGCGAGUCCCUUCCCUUCUCUUCCGUUUUUGGGGCCUGGGAGUUGCGGGCAGCUCCUUCCCUUCAGACUGGUCGGCGCAACGCUCGAGUGGUCUGGCAGGGGAGCGGGCUGCGUGCGCGCAGAGGGCACUGUGGAGCGAAGAAGGGCACACUGCAUGGCCGAAAACCGAGAACCCCGCGGGGCCGUCGAGGCCGAGCUGGACCCGGUGGAAUACACCCUGCGGAAGCGGCUUCCCCACCGCUUGCCCCGGAGGCCCAAUGACAUUUAUGUCAACAUGAAGACUGACUUUAAGGCCCAGUUGGCCCGCUGCCAGAAGCUGCUGGACGGAGGGGUAAGGGGUCAGAAUGCAUGCACUGAGAUCUACAUUCAUGGCUUGGGCCUGGCCAUCAACCGCGCCAUCAACAUUGCCCUGCAGCUGCAGGCUGGCAGCUUCGGGUCCUUGCAGGUAGCUGCCAAUACCUCCACCGUGGAGCUUGUCGAUGAGCUGGAACCAGAGACUGAUACACGAGAGCCACUGACCCGGAUCCGCAACAACUCAGCCAUCCACAUCCGUGUCUUCAGGGUCACACCUAAGUAAAGGAGAUGAGGCCAGCCCACCUUAUCCACCCAUCCCCAUACAGCUUGGCUCAGAAGUGGCUUUUGUACUGAGUACAUGAACCUUCUACCAGGACUGUGUAGGAUAAAGCCUAUCCCCUCACUAUCCAGGGGACUCUGAAUUGAGAGGGUGAAUAUUGUCUUUUGUUGGGCUCAAGCCGUGAGUCUUCCUGAAUCUUUGUGGUCUGUAACCAUUGUCCUAUACAUUAAAAAGCAUCAAGUUGUGUUAGUGCCUGGCCA